UCCAUCCCUUCCGCUGCUGCAUCCCCACAGUUCUGCGGUAAUAAGAUUUCUGUUUCACAGCCCUUCCCCCGCACGAAAUGACCCGCCCCGAAGGCGGGGGGCGCCAGCCCUCGUACAAUAGAAAGGAAGUACGAAAGGAUACAAUACAAAGGAAGUUCGAAAAUAGGAGGUUUCCCCGACAUCACUCACACGCUUUCCCAUCACCCACUCAAGCAACUCCGCAAUGUCAACAGAGAAAGACUUAGCGAAAACCGGUAGUUCCGAGCAUGAGAACGUGAAGAAGCACAAAGAGAAAGCCAAGGGGCAGGCUGUUUUCCCGAUUGACCACUGGCGCCCGAUUUUGAACUAUUUACCAUUCAAAACGCUCAUCACAUUCCGAGCGGUAUCACGUGCUUGCUCGGCAGAGGCUAACAUGGUUCUGGAGAAGCAGUUCGGAUGGCAGGCUGGAUACCGCCUAAGUCCUAUAGCGAUAUUUCUUGCCGAGGAAGGAAUUCUGAAGCUACAUCCUGGGAAGAUGAGGAGUUUGAUGAAUCUCUAUAAGACCCCUGUAGUAGUGCGAAAAAAGAAAAGCCCUUUGUUGAAAGAGUUUCACUGGAACCAAAACUGUCCCAAGAUGUAUUCGACAUCGGCCCGCGGGCAGCGACUGCCAUCUGUGGAGAUGAGUCUGUAUAAAGCCAGAGAGCGGGGCUUCACAUCUUGUGAGGACCCAUGUCGCGGUAGCGAGUUUUAUGAGGCUGGACUCCAAAGUUUGGAAUAUGACUGCCGGCGUUGCUCUGAAGGCAUGGUUGCUUUAACCACGUCGCCAGCCUCCUAUUACAAGUGCUUAUGUUGGGAGUGCACCCGAAGCCUGACCAGUGGAGUUUUAAAAUGCGACAGGCCCGAUUGUGACGGGCCAAUAAAAGAAUCAAUACUCCCUGUGCUUCUUACAGGAUAUCAAUGGGAAUGCAGCAAGUGCCGAAAAUGUUUCCCGACAAACACGGACACCACUUGCAAAUAUGGAUUACCCACCAAUUUGUGCGACAUGUGGUGUACAAACAUACGUCGGGACGCGAGCGACGAGCAGCGGAGGUGCAACCACCGCUAACCCGACGUCCGAGCAUCAUUUUUACAAACGGCACCAUGUGCAAUACCACGUUUGGUGCGGGUUACCCCGUGACAUUCACGUUCCGUAUGGU